AUGACAAACCCUUCAACACAACAGAAAGAAUUAAACUAUAGUUGCGAUCAUAAUAUAAAUCAAUUUUGCUUUGAAAGAUCUAAUACUAAUACGACAUCUAAUAAAGAAUUUACAUUGAGUGAUAUUUUAGAGAGAUGGACAGGCUCAGAAGAAACUUUACGUACUAUAAUGAUAGCAAAAGCAGAAGAGGAUAGACUAAAACAAGAAAUAGUGCGUCUUAAUAUCAAAAAAGUAGAAAACGAAAUUUUGAUUAAUGCAGUUCGCAGUGGAGUUCAACUGAAUGCUAUUCCUAUAAUAUUUUCAGGUCAACAAAAUAACUCUAUAUUAACACUUUCUCAAAAUAAUCCUUUAACCUCAACAUCCUCAAUACAAUAUCAAUUGCAGAAUUCAGGGCUAUGUGAAGCAUCUGUUCCAGGAUGUUGUCCUGGAACUCAAGGAUCUGAUUCUAUAUCAAACCAAUCUAUAUUACAUCCUUUUCAAACAAAUGUAUCAAAUAUUUCUUUAGAGUCUUUUUCAACACAGUCAUCUCUCCAGAAAAAUGCAAAAUCUCCAUUUAUGAUACCAAAAAAUACAACAGAAUCAACAUCCAAUCAAAGUUCCGUAUUAAAUCCAAAUUCAUCUCCUUUACCAUCACUUUUUUUUCAUUAUUGGAUACCCCCAGGAGAGUCAAUAAAUUCAAUGUCCACAACAAAUAAUGAAGGAACUGAAUUAGCAGUUUCAUCUCAAUCAAAUAUUUUAGGUUCACAUGAAAAAGAAAUACUAUCAUUUUCUCCAUCCAAAAAAAAACGACUUUCACAACUACAGCAACCUUUGCCCCCAUCUUUUGGGAAUUCUAUAUUACCACCUCUUUCUAGACGUUCACCUCGACGUCAUUCACGUCAUCUUAGUGAAACAUCUAUUUCACAAUCAAAUUUUUUUGAUAUUCAAGGAAAUAAACGAGCGAUAUCUCCAAUUUCAAAUGAAAUAAACCUUUCAAAAUCAAAAAAUAUCAAUUGAUAAUUUAUCCCCAACUUAAUAGGAAAAG